CAUCACAUGGUACGCACGAAUGGCACGUACAAUCAAACGUCUCCUUUCCGGGGCCCACCCACAAAAGAAGUUGAUGCUGCGUGGGGAAAGUAUUGGCAAACUUGGACAUUUAGCGUGAAUGAAGAGCAAUUCAAGGCCUCGAUGCCCCAGUAUACGGAAGAGGCAGUUCGUCUUGACGAUGGGCGCUAUCUAGCGACAUUUGAAUACACCCACCAGUUACACUGUCUGUAUAAUCUCUUCAGGGCGUCAUAUAUGGACUCAUAUCCGGAUGAGAAAGCCAGCUACGACGAGAAUCCUCAAGAGUGGCACGGCCGAGUAGACCACUGCAUAGAAAUCUUGAGACAAAAGCUGGAGUGCGAUCGUGAUACGGGACUCGUGUUGUAUGACUGGGUUAAGGGAAGGAAAGCCCCUACGGCGAACUUCAACGUCGCGCGUAUGUGUUACGACUGGGAGCCUGUGGAGAAAUGGGCGCAAAGCCAUGAGGUUAAUGAUUUCCCGAAGAAGCCAAAGAACGUUGUGCAACUCUCUAGAAUUCCAUAA